AUGGACACAGGAAGUGAACCUAUGGGCACUGGAGGUCAUCAUGGGUCAGGUGAUCCAGUUGGACCUGCACUGCUCUGGCUCCAGGACACGGUUAUGACGGUAACGCUGCAGGCGUGUAAGAUGGUGUUACAGGGAGCGUUGUUACUGUGUGCUCUGGGACUGUUGCUACUGACCACCAUCUUCCUCUACGGGAGCUUCUACUACUCAUACAUGCCCCUAGCCACCUACAGUUCACCUGUCCACUACUACUGCAAGUGUGUCUCACACACUCACUCUCUCACGCAUACAGACUCUCUCUCUCACACACAUGCUCUCUCUGUCUCUCUCUCUUUCUCUCUCUCUCUGUCUGUCUGUCUCUCUCUCUAUCUCACACACACUCUAUCUAUCUAUCUAUCUAUCUGUCUGUCUGUCUGUCUGUCUGUCUGUCUGUCUGUCUGUCUGUCUGUCUUUCUGUCUGUCUGUCUGUUCUGUCUGUCUGUCUGUCUGUCUGUCUGUCUGUCUGUCGUCUGUCUGUCUGUCUGUCUGUCUGUCUGCUCUCUCUCUCUCUCGUUUCUUCUCUGUCUCUGCUCUCUCUCGUCUCUUCUCUCUCGUCUCUCUCUCUGCUCUCUCUCUUCUCUCUCUUCUCUUCUCUUCUUCUCUCUCUUCUCUCCUAUUCUCUCUCUCUUGCGCUCUCUCAGUCUGCUCUACAUGUGCCUCUUCUCAUCUAUGUCGAUCACUCUCCUCUCUCACUCGUCUCUCUCUCUCUCUCGUAUGCGAUCUACUGCGUCUCUCUCUCUCUUCUCAUCUCUCUCGUUCUCUCCUCUCUCUCUCUCUCUCUCUCAUCUCUCGUCUCUCUCUCUCUGUCUCUCCACCCUCAGUACAUACGUGCAAUUGGAUCAUAUUUCCUUCCUUGCAGCGACGUGACUCAGCUUCCCUUCACUGCUCCUUCCCCACUGCCUACGUCUCUCUCCUGAGGAAUGGCAAGAACCAGGUGAUCCUUUAUACACUGUUUAUCCAUCCACCUUCAUUAGCCUUAGCGUAUGUAACGUAUAGAAAAGUCUUGCCAAUCAACAGAAUGAAUUGGGAGGUUUUCAUUAUGAUGUUUGAACUCAUUUGAACCCUCCCACUGAAGGCGAUGACAUACAGCCAGCCCUAUCAGAUCUCCCUGGAUCUGGAGAUGCCCGAGUUGCCAGCCAAUCAGGAAUGUUCAUGGUCAAGAUUUCCUGUUACUCCAGACAGGGGCAGCCUGUGACCUAUUCAGCACGAUCUGUGAGUUGUCAAGUGUUGGCAGUAUCAAGUAUUGUGUUGGGCUUGUGCAUCUAACAUUUGCAUAUUAACUCUGCUUUGCACUUUUUAACAAUCUGUUUUGAUCUGUAUUGGUGUGGUGUGAUUUGAGUAUAUGUUUGAUUUUUUUAUACUGCUGCAACCAAAUUGCCCAGCAAUGGGGAUUAAUCAAUAUCUUCUGAAUCUGUACAAAUCAGCUGCACAUUUAAAUACUCACAGUAACCAAUAAUGGACUCUGAUUGUCCUGUGUUGGUAAAUUGACCACCUUGUUGGUCUGCCUCUCUGACUCAGGUAAGGCAGCCCCCCCCCUUCUCCGUGUCCUGUUCCUGUCAGACGAUGCUGCGGUAUCGCUCUGGCCUGCUCCAGACUGCGGACCAGAGACAGCUGGUAGAGGUGGAGCUCUUCUCCCAAUACAGAGAGGAUUCUGUGAGUCUCUGGCCGCCCAGUGUGUGUGUGUGAGUGUGUGUGUGUGUAUGAGUGUGUGUAUGUGUGUGUACAGGGCUAAUCCCUCUCUCUCUGUAGUAUGCCCCCUCUAUAGGAGCCAUCAUUGAGAUCCAGUCUCAGAGGGUGCAGAUCUACUCAGCACAGCUCUACAUUCAUGCUCACUUCACUGGCAUAAGGUUAGCUUUACCUCAUAUUAAAUCAUUUACAUUUUGAUUUACAAAAAAAAAAAUAUAUAUAUAUAUAUAUAUAUAUAUAUAUAAAUAUAUAUAUGAAAAUAUGAACUCUUCUCCCCCCUCAUCAGGUACUUCCUGUACAACUUCCUAACGCUUUCAGCAGUAAUGGGUUUGGCCCUCUUCUUCAGCUACCUGAGGCUCAUCUGGGGCUUAGCUGGGAUGGACGAGAGCGAGGACACUGAACACCUGCAAGAUGACCAGGAUGACACUACAGGUAAGUACACACUUGUACACACACCUGUGUGAGAUGUAUCAUGUGUUGUGUUUGGGUGUGCUUUUCACUCAGAAAUCGAGAACUCCUCAUCAGAUGCACUACUGGAGGCACAUCAGAUUACUGCUUUGAGAAUGGACUCUUCCUCCUGGCCCAUCUGA